UUCAUUUAUCACUACUUUUCAUAUACUUUAUUGCACAUAGAUAAGUCAAAAAAUAUUUGAUUCAAAACCAUAUAAUUAUUUUUGUGAUGCGGAGCUACCAUCGUUACAAGUGAAAACAUGUAACUAAAGCUAUACAUCUCUGUGACAAAAUCGAUUUGUCAAGCACACGCAAUUCUUCUCCCUUGUUAUAACGUAUAGUUGAAAAUACUGCAUUGCAUGUGUGAUGGUCAUGCGCAAAUUUUCUACCGUCACUAUAAUCGAUAGAAUGCGCUCAGUCAUUCGCGCGCCUUUGACACGGCAGCAUGGGCAAGAUGCCGAUAUGGCCCAAUGCGAAUCAUGAGAAAGAUGUGAUUGAUAUAUUGAUAUGGAACAGAUGGCUAUUGCGAGUUCUUGGUAUCUGGCCGCUAGUAUAUCCGGAUACCACAAGGAUCGAAAAGAUAUUGGCAAUGUUCUCGUUCACAUUGUGUUGGACUGUGCUCAGUUUAUUCCUGGUAUUAACGAGUAUAUUCACCUUUACGGAUCGAAGUGUCAUGAGCGAGAAAAUGAAGAUGCUAGGUCCGCUGGGUUAUGUGUUUUUCUCUAUGCUAAAAUACUUUUUCUUAGUAAUACGUCAUAAGAGCUUUCGGCGAUGCAUUAAAAUUCUCACUAAGGAUUGGCGUAUGGUUCAGGAGGGGUAUCAUCGGGAAAUUAUGUUAAGAGACGCGGAAAAGGGCCAAAUAUUGUCAAAAUUUUGUAUAGUGUUCAUGUAUUGCGGUGGCCUCUCUUACAACACGAUAAUGCCAUUUCUAUCGCAAAUGCCCGAUAACGAGCAGAACAUUACUAUUCGACCGAUGGCCUAUCUCGGUUUUGAUAUCCUGUUUGAUUUGCAAUUAAUGCCAAUUUAUGUGUUCGCUUUUUGCCUGCAAUGCUUCACCGGCGUUGUCAUGUUUAACAUUACUACGUCGGUUUGCUGUUUAGCGGCCAUGUUUGUGGCCCAUGCAUGCGGUCAGGUCAACAUCGUGUUAACUCGCGUGGAAAAUCUUAUCAAAAAAGAAUGCAGUCGUGUAAAGUUUGAGCAAUGCAUGGCGAUUAUUGUGCAACAUCACGUGAGAGCGUUGAAAUUUUCAGCCAGCAUCGAGAAUACUUUACGCGAGAUAUGCCUUAUCGAGCUAGUGGGAACGACAUUGAUAAUGUGCUUGGUAGAAUAUUCUCUGAUUACGUGUAGCAAAGUCGGGUAUACUUCGUACAAGAUCGAAUGGUACAAUUUACCGGGAAAAGCCGCUCUUGAUCUCAUGUUGAUGAUCACUAUGUCUCGUCAUCCGACACAAAUUACCGCUGGAAGAUUAAUAAGUCUUUCCUUUACUAAUUUUGGUAAUGUUCUAAAAACCUCGGUCGCAUAUUUGAAUUUACUUCGAACUGCCGUUUGAUAAAUGCAGAAUAAUAUGCAAUUUAUAUCAUCUUUGAGGAAAAAAGCAAUCUACGAUAAACAACGAUUUUUUUUUAAGUGAAAAUAUAUUAAAUAAAUUAUUUAAUGCACAAAUAAUAUAUAUAACAAAUUUAUAUAAAUCUUGAAAUUAAUAAGAAGACACAAGAAAUGAUAUAGACGUUUCACUUUUACCUAUGUGCCUUUAAAAAAUAAAAGAAAAGACAAGCAAUGUAAAUAUUCAUAAUAUUUUCAAAACACUAUAAAAUUCAAUUUUUUAAGUUCUAAUAAUUUUCUUAUUAUUAAAGAUUAUAUAUAAGAU